UUCCCCUCACCUAUAUUGGGUACGGAGUAGUUGGGUAUUAUCGUCGUCCUUAAUACUUACCCUUUGUUGCCGUUUCUGCAUUUCGCGACUCCCUAUAGUUCUUACAGUAGUGCCCAUAUCUCCCAUUUUUGGACCUUCAUCCAAACAAAAACCAGAGGCGAAUACCAACAACUACCAAAAACAAUGAAACUCUUGCUAAAUCCCGAUCGAAUACACCCGUUGACUUCGCCUUCGCCGGUGCCGGCGAAAAUACCCACCGCUAAAACCAGCAAACCUCCGUCCCUUCAAUUAUUUCCGGUUAAACUUCACCGGCCGAUUCUCCGGCGUUGCGGCUUCACUAUUAAUGCCGUGAUAAUUGAUUCAAUGAAAACGGAGGAGUUCGGAAAUUUCGGAUUCACCGAUGAAGACAGCGUUCGAAACCCGGCGUUAUCGACGACGUACCGUCGUCCGGACAUUCCUCGGCCAAAUCAGACGGUUCUAGAAGCUCAAGGUAAAGUUUGCACUGGUCCUACCCAGUCGAAGCCCCUCACCGAAGACCAAGCUAUGAAGGUGUUAGAUACCAUCUUAAAAUCAGCAAAGGGGGAACUCAAAGAUGAUGAUAAGGUUUCAAACGCACAGCUUGGUGCCUUCUUUGCGGGAAUGACUAUUCGAGCUAACGCCUUUCCUGAAGCUACCCAAUGGAGUGAAGGAGAAAGGCGAGCCAUGAAUGCUUUCUGGCCAGAGCUAGUUCGAACUCUUCCACAUGAUGUAAUAUUUAUAGCUGAUCCUGAAGGAUCUAUAAUGAGUAUGGGAAGUUGUGUUGGACCACAUUAUACAGGACAAGAUGCUAGGGAAAUGAGGCUAGUUGGUGCCUUACGAGAAGUUCUUGCUGGAGGUCAUCUAGGAUACGAGGAGGUUCAAGGCGUUCUUAGAGAUGUUCUACCAUUGGAUUCUGAAGAUAAAACAAGAGGGGUGAGCGAGUCACUACUUUCAGCAUUUUUUAUAGGUCAGCGCAUGAACAGGGAAACAGAUCGGGAGCUUAAAGCGUAUUGUCUUGCGCUUGAUGAUGAAGUUGGUCCUCCUCCAGUUGCUGAUGUGGAAUUCUUGACCCAUUAUGGCGAACCUUAUGAUGGAAACACACGCUUUUUCAGGAGCACGUUAUUUGUAGCUGCUGUGAGAUCAUGUUAUGGUCAAUCAUGCUUGCUUCAUGGUGUGGAUUGGAUGCCACCAAAGGGUGGAGUAACUGAAGAACAAAUGCUGCAAUUUAUGGGGGCAAAUACACACUUGACAGCACUGCAGGCAAAACAACUUAUUGAGGAUGAAAACUUGGGCUUUGCAUAUGUGAGUCUACGAGAAGUUCGCCCAUCUCUAUACUCGUUGGUGGGAUUGAGAGAACACAUAAAGAAACGUCCACCACUGGCAACAUCUGAAAAGAUUCAGCAGUUUGUGAGGGCUCGAGGAAAGGAAGCAAUUGUUGCAGGAUUUUAUCACGAAGGAUAUGAAGAACCACUUUUAAUGCUUAUGAGAAGAAGAGGCAUCCAUGCUGGUCUAGUUGUCAAGGGUGAAGAAGGAGCACUUUCCAUGACAACCAGAUUACGGCAAGCAAAUUCAUCAAAAGGACUUCCAGUCAACUAUUGUUCAGGAUUUCGCUCAUUGGUCAAUGGAGCUGCAUUUGAAGCAGAUGGUGUGUCGCGGGAGGCUUUCCGUAUGGAAGUGAACGCAAAAGACUAUGGUUUUGAGCCCUCUGAUACCCCAAGAACUGAUAGAUCGGUAGCAAAGAACAUAGAGAUUGGUAUAGCAGCACUUCGUGGAGAAAAGGGCCCCGCAUAUGACCGGAUUGUUUUAAACGCUGGAAUUACGGAUCAUUUAUUAGGUUGUGAAGGUGCAGAAGAUAUUAUGUCAGCUCUGGAUAGAGCUAGAGAAGCCAUUGACAGUGGUAAAGCCCUGAAGAAGCUUCUGAAUUAUAUCAAGAUUUCUCAUAGAGUGAAGUGAAAGGCUCUCUGAAAUGUUGUUGUUUUGUGUACAUUAAAGCCAAAUGUGUAGUUUAAUUCUUUCAUUGUUUCCCAUUUUGUAAUAGUCUGCUAAUUUGGUAUCCUUGAGAUAGUGGUUUAGGCUUCAAGGUUACAAUUUCUUUACAAGGCUGAAGACCGACUGUUAUUUUUACUUUUGGCUCAUCUUUCAGGAGUAUUUUCCUAACUUGGAGAGUCAGAAAUUUUGUUACCGUAUUGUAAGAUUGGAAAUUGUAUAUGCAUUUGACAGUUGCAAUGACACAUUUGUUUUGUGAUA